GACUCUGGCCGCGCCGCGGAGCUACAGAUGGCGCUCGGACGCUCCUCUGCUCGGAAGCCGCAUGUGUGAGGAGGACACCCAGAAGCGAUGCUCGGGCUCCUAAUCCGAUGGCACAUCCUGCAGCCACUUGUGGAUUAUUCCUGGAUUACAGCUCACAGACUUGUUUGAUUUGGGACUAGAGGUGAUGCGGGUGACCUGUCACCUAUGUAACCCACCUGCAGAUCUCAGUCCGGACACACUUUGCUGAGAUGCCUACGUUUUACAUCGUGAUUGAAGUAGUCAUCGCUGUUCUCUCCAUAUCCGGCAACGUGCUGGUUUGCUGGGCUGUCGCCAUCAACAGCACUCUGAAGAACGCUACCUAUUACUUUCUGGUGUCUCUGGCUGUGGCUGACAUCCUGGUGGGCUGCCUCGCCAUCCCCUUUGCCAUCAUCAUCAGCCUCGGUCUCCACCUGAACUUUUACGGCUGUCUCUUCCUGGCCUGUUUCGUCCUGGUUCUCACUCAGAGCUCCAUUUUCAGCCUGCUGGCCAUCGCCAUUGACAGAUAUCUGGCUGUGAAGAUCCCUCUGAGGUACAAGGAGUUGAUGACAGGAAAGGUUGCCAGAGAGAUCAUAGCUAUUUUAUGGAUCCUGUCUUUUGUUAUCGGCCUUAUUCCCUUCUUUGGGUGGAACAUGAAGGAUUCACAGUGCAAGAACGAAAGCUUCAACUACACUAAGGGGUGCCCCUGCCUCUUCGAGAAAGUGGUGGACAUGAAGUACAUGGUGUACUUUAACUUCUUUGUGUGCGUGCUGGUGCCGCUGCUCAUAAUGCUGGUCAUCUACGUGAAGAUCUUCACCGUGGCCAGGAAGCAGCUGAGGCAGAUCGAGCUCAAGUGCGUGGGCAACGGGGACAGCCAAAACCAAGGCCUGCUGCAGAAGGAGAUCCGGGCCGCCAAAUCCCUCUCCAUCAUCGUUGGACUCUUCGCCCUCUGCUGGCUGCCCGUCCACAUCCUCAACUGCCUCACGCUGUUCUACAGCGGGCUGCAGAGGCCAGAUCUCGUCAUGUACGUGGCCAUCAUUCUGUCGCACGCCAACUCAGCGGUCAACCCGAUCAUCUACGCUUACCGCAUCCAGGACUUUAGGAAUACCUUCCGCAAAAUCCUGGCCAAGCACUUCCUCUGCCACAAGGAGGAGCUUUACCUCAGCUCCAACGGCAGCAGGCGGAACAGAGACCAGAUCAAGAUGACUAUCGAUCCUUUGCUAUAGAGGACUGUAUCGACAUCAUUGUCUUGAGUUUCUAAUGUUUACAGAACAAUGUGAAGAUGAACCGAUGUCAAUCCCCCUUGAAUGUAGACUAUUUAUGAUUCGGGUUGGGGGUGGGGACUGUGAAUUGUUUAGAAAGUCUUAAAUAACUUGUUUUUACUGAAAGAGUUUUAAUUGGUAAAUAGUUGAGGCUAACUGGAUUUGUAAUACUUUGCGGAGGAUCCAAAACUAAGAAGCUAUUUAUUGUUCUGAAUUCCCCCUGUUCCAACUACAAACACUCUUUUUGUGCCCUGCUGUUUUUAUACUCCCAACAUUCAGUGCCAGUGUUAAAAUUAUUUAUUUAUUACAAAUCAUGUCUUUUGAGAAUGUAAUGAUCAAAAAAAUGUGUGUGUGUGUGCAAGCGUGGCUAGAUCUGUACUUGUGGAGCUAAACAAAGGUACAGUGGUAGUAAUCCUUACCUGUGGGUGUUCUGCUGCUCACAGACCUUUCAAAUGAAAUCAUCUUCCUUCAUCCCUUUGUUGAGAGCAGGAAUAGUUCUUUUCAGCCUGAAUUUAUUGAUACAUUUAAUUAGGAAGGAGGCCUUAAGGGUGAAAGGGUCCAUCUUUGCAUAUCAUCCAUUAGUAAACGCUUCUCUUAGAUAAGCGCACCUCAUUAUUUCUUAAACAAGUGCCAAGUUUGUAAAGAGCUAAAAGGUUCAUUUAAAGAGGUGGUUUAGCAUUUUAGCUAUAAAAUUCAGCUCAAAAGAACAGCAAAUUGCAUUUAAGACCUUUUAAAGCGUAUUGUUAUUCAAACUGGAGACCUGUAUAUCCUGCAUGAAUGACAAUAACAUGCAUCUGGUUCCAAAAACUCCUGUGCUUUUCCAUUUUCAUUACCUGAUGUUAAGACCUUUAAAAGCUGAUCGUUACUGCCAUAUUGGUGAAAUUUGUCAUUGCAAUUGUGUGUAACAAUGAAAUUUGUCUUCUGUAUUGAACCCAUCCAGAGCUUGGAGUGCCUGGGGAGAAACCUGGGGAAAUGAGAGUGGCAGUCUGUUGGGUCUUUACUGGCUACCUGCAGCCUUUUCAGAAACUAAAACAAGUGACAGUUAAAAACAUUUAUCCAGGAUGGACGCCAUGCUUGAUUUAUAGAGUUCAAAACAUGAAAACAUACAUUUAUAAACAGUCACGGAAAAACUAUUUUGGACAACCUUUUUUUGUUCAGGUAAUAUACCUUUAAAACAAGAAAUUAAAAGAAAAGGUAUAAUCAAAAUUUGGGACUAUAUAUAUAAUGCAAGACAUUCCUCAAUUAAGAACGUUUGCAUGGAGAAUGUCAACAUUUUAAAGGUUUUAGGCCUAAAUUGAGAUUAUAGUAUUUGCAUUACUAAUUAAGCAUGUGUAAAGAAUUCUGGUAAAAAUGUAAUAACUGUGGUAAAUGACUGUUGGGAUCUUUAAGUUUUAGAGAUUAGCUUCUCCUGGAUUUUAAAGCUGAUGGCUAAUCUGAACAACACAAUUCCACUAUUAACUUUAAAAAACACUAAGCUGUGUAUUUUGGUUCUUUAUACAAUUCAGUGGCAAAAAUGUCAAAGUAUUUCAGACAAACACUGUUUAAUCAAAUGCUUCACAUCUAUUCUGUUCUUUGCUUGGAAGACAAAUGAUUUAAUUUUAGAGAAUCUACAAUCAUGUUCAGUGAGAAUCAAUCUUUCCCAGUCAGAGAAACUUUCUAAAAUAUGAGUAAUGCACUUUAUAAUUUAAAUUAGGUCCUCAGCAUGUUUUAAAGGGAAAAUCAUUACUAGCACAUCACAAGGUAAUUGACAGAAAUGAAUGUUAUCUGGAAAGAACUACAGGAUCUAAAUAUCUAAUAGUUCAGGUAAACUCAGCUUUACAGAACCCUAAAUAGCCAUUACAUUGCAUACAUACGUUUUUAAAUAAUUAAUCAUACUAUUCAUCAAUUAAUUUAGUAAUAAAAUCAUUAACUUGAGUAUUUAGAAUCUAAAACAAGUUAUUUGCUGAGUGAGCAUCCCACUCAAAGCAGGAAUUCAGUCCAGAUAGAUUAAAUUAUUGUUAAUUGCAGCUCUUUUUCUAAGUAAAUUAUUAAUGGCAGCAGUGUGAUCAAUGGUUAUGGUGUUUGGAGGAACCCUGAUGUGUUUUUAUCUUUAGCUGCAGGACCAGCUAAUCCAGAUUUAGCUAAUAUAGAAAAGAACUCUUUUAAUAUAAAACAGAACCUUUUUCAAAAUGCAAUGCGUUUUGACUUUAUGAACGUAGAAAUAAGACACUUUUUGCAUUGUCUUUUAACCACCCUUUUGUCUAUUCCACAGGAAAUGGUUAGGGUGUCUGAUUCUAACUCUCAGAGGAAAGUUCGUUCAGCCUCAAACUCACCUUCGGUUUCAUUACCCUCAUAUAAGCUCAGGAAGUGGAGAACAGGUUGAACCUUGUAUAGUGAUUUUGCUUUGGCACAGAGACUUUUAGCUGCUUUAUACUGAACCACAUGAUGAGACUUCAAAUCACUGGUCCGUUACAUAACCCCCCCCCCCAUCAGCCAGGCUUCAGUCGCACCCCCUGCAGAGGCUUACAUAAGACUCCACAGCUGUCAGUCCUCUGGGUAUAUGAGUAAUGCUUUCCUCAACCCUUCCCCAACAGUCACUCCUAAAAGUCCAAGAAAUUAAAUAUUUAUUAAGAAAAAAAAAUCAUUUUAAUCAUUUAAGUAUAAAACACUGAUGGACCUCAACUAAGCCGAACAAUGUCAGGGGGUCCGUUCCACAAAGCAGGUUUACAGAAAACUCUUUCUAGACCCGAAAUCAGGAAAGUUUGCCAUCUCAAAAAGAGAGUUUCCUCAACCUCUGUUACCAUAGUAACCUUCUCCCAUGAGCCAACCUGUUCAGGAGCAGGUUUUCCUCAAACUCAAGUGUCCUCUGUCUCCGCUCUCCUUAAAGCCAAUCACGUUUUAUUUCCUGGUUUAAUCAGAACACUUCUAGUGUAGUUUUGUGCAAAAAAUAAAAAGGAAAUCAGUCACUGCAUCAUUUGUUAGACACAAACAUAGCAUGUCCUUUAGACACUCCAAUCAAAGAAUGAGUGGCAUUACCGGUAAUUCGCAGAAAAAAUAUUUAUAGGGAGAGGGUCAUCAGACGUUCUUUCAUAUUCAGAAAGUUAUAUUUAUACUGUUUCGCCUCACAAUCCAUCACGACAAUCCUGACCUUAUCCUUCCUCAUAUUUGCAGCAUUACACAGACAUCUUUAACAGGGAUUAGACAGAACUUGACGACAGCCACUUAGUAUUUACUGUGUAAUGGAAGACCGGAUCAAACUGAGGAUGAACCCCAUGAGAUGAUGCACCGGUUAGAACAUUUUUAUACUUCAUCUUCACCUGCUGACAAGUGAUUUCAC